AUGUACGAAGCAAAUUUCGGAUUCCGAAUCCUAAUGUGCAACCUCCAUAAUGACUUUUUUCGUAUUAAAUCUAGGAGAAGUUUCUCCAAAUGUACCAAGAACCCAGAGAACAACCCGCAGAUAGCAAGAAUAAAAUUAUGGAAGGCAAGAAACAAACAACCAGUCGUUGAAAAUUACCCUCGGGACAUAACAAUAAAUGGAGUGGAAAAACCAGGAUUAUUUAAGGGAGGUGAACGAUAAAAAAAAUCCAAAACCACAUGUUUGUCUGUUAUUAGCGUUAAUAAUUUCCUUAGUUACAUUUGAAAAUAUUAUACUAUUAAACUAUUUACCUAAUCCAUGAAAUGUUUGAAUAAACUAUCUAUUUUACCUACAACCAUAAAGUAAUGUCAUAAACAUGAAAUGGUUAUGAUAAAAAUGUACUCGAAUUUCUUCUCUUGUUUCUCUUUAUUUUGAGGUUAAUCGCUAACAGUAGGUAAAUCAAAGGAUGACAAGGAGAAAUCAUGUAAUUUUAGCGUUCAUGAAAUGUUUUGCAAGCAAUUGGUAAGCUAUAUUAGAUUUUCGUUUAGGCAUGACUAAAACGCAAACAAUUUUUAAAGACAGUUUACAGUUUUAUUGCAUGUAGUGUGUGGCACAUAGAAAAAUCAUUAUAUUAAUUAUUUAUUAUUUUUAAUAAUAUUAAUUACCAUAGAUACCAUAAAUACGUUUAACCAACCUUUUACAUUUUUUUUUCAUUUUAUCCGUGUUACUAAUAAGGUAAUCCAAAUAAAUACAUAAUAACAACAAUAUUAAUACCUAAAAACCGAACCGGUAAUUUUUUUUUAUGUAACACUUUUUCUUACGGAAAGCCUACUCCGAUUAUCAAGUAUAGCAACUUUUCUAAAAGAAAAUGUUCUUUGAGUGGUACUUUUUAGAGAGGUAAUUUUCUGAAAUUUUCAUUAAUAUUCAAGAUAAUGAGGAAAACCUGGUUUUUAAGCUUAAAAAAUAUUGAAAGAUUAAAAUCAAGGUUCCCAUUGGCAACCGUUUUUAUUUAUAUUUUAUUCACUAUCAAGUAUUUAUUAUUUUAAAUUUUUUUAAAUAAUUAAUUUUGUCAUGGAAACGCACAUUGUUGUAAUCAUUUUAUCGUAAUAUAACAUAUAUAUUGUUAACAAAGCAACAAAGCAAUUAAACUCCGCUUAGAAUGGUUUGUUCAUUAGCAAUGGUUUAUCGUUGCUUACAGAUAUACAUUAAAUUCCCGUCUGUAUCCUACGUUCCCAACUUCCCACCUACAAAAGUGACUGCACCCACGUGAGCAGUAUGUCCGUCCUUUUUUUUUUUGUAAGUUUUAAAAUCAAAUUUUAAUGAAAAUCCUAAAUACUACGGUGUUUCAAAACAUGCAUAACCGAACUUCACUCCGAAUCGUUUUUCGUUAUCAAUGGCUUAUUGUUCGCUACAGGUAUAAAUUAAAUAACUUUAUUUAUCCCACUUUUCCCACCACCCAUCUACAAUAAUGGCUGUACCCGUCUCCAGUAUCAGCUCUUUUGUUUUUUGUAACGGAUAACCACUGGACCAAUUUACGUGUAGAUUUUUGCAGAAUGGCCCGAGUUGUCCAGAAAAGGUUUAAAGCUUUUGAAAUCCUGGAUAUGACCAGUAAAAGUAGGAGACCUAACCCUAACCUGCAGUAAUUUGGGCUGGGUACAAAAUAAUGUAUAGGUAUUUAUAAUUAGUUAGAAACCAUACGUAAUUCAUAUAAAUUUCAAAAAAAAAUUAAUUUUGAAAAACUUAAGUGCAACAGUGGUUAAUUGCGGGAACUGUAACAAGGAAUCAAGGAGGGCAGUUUUUAUUAAGUACAUCUCAUAUGAUUGGCAUGAACAAUGCCGGGCUGGACAGCUAGUAUAUAAUAUGGAUAAGUCUAUAUAAUUGUGUCAUUUAAUCAUUAAUCAUUUUUAUUUGAAUAUUUGUUUUAACUAUAAUAAUGUGGGUCACGAUAAAGUGCACUAACCAUAAUAAAUUAAUAAAUAAUAAAUCGAAUAACCUGUUAUAAACAAUGUGAUACAGUACCGCAGUUGGUAAAUGGUCAGUUGUCAUCAAUUAGUGGAUAUAAUAAACUCACAAUUUGAAAUGUAGCUAAAUAUUAUUAUUAUUAUUAACUAUUUAUUGCCAAUUUAUUUAUUAUUGAUUUUUUAGAAUUUUCUAAUUACUUACAUAUCUAUUUAUAACCAGUGAACAAUAAAAAUUAAUAUAAAAUUAUUAGUUUUCGAAGGUUAAAUACUUUUUAGGAAUUUAUUGGGUAUAAAAGUUUUUAAUUGUAUUUACUAUAAUAUUGAUAUUUAUUUUCAUAUACAAUACAUAUUAUUAGUUGAAUAGAUUAUUCAAUAAUGGCCUUAAAUACUUUAACAUUACUAGCUCAAACAUAGGCCUCGGUAGCGCAGUAGGUAGCGCGUAAGUCUCAUAAUCUUAAGGUCGUGAGUUCGAUCCUCACCCGGGGCAGUAAUUUUUUAUUAAUAUUUUUCCUACUUUUCUUUACUUUUUUUUCACAUAUACAAUUAUAAUUAAUUUAGCAUUUCUAUUAUAUUUAGUAUUUUUAUUGAGAAUAUCAUGAUAAUUUUGAAUGUUGCGGAUAAAAAAAACAAAUUAAUAAAAUGUAAUUUUGUUUAUGAACUGUAACGUUUUACUGUUGUUUGGAAUUUUUAUUGGUUUUAUUAUUUUUUUAUUUUUUCAUCAGUGUUCAAAAGUUUAGUUGUCUAUGACAAACUUAAACAUAAUAAACUUUGCUAUUAUAUAAAUUUUGAAAUUAACCUUCAAAGACGGAUCUAUAAAUUAUAUUGUCUAUAUGCGUCAUGCAGAAACUUGGUUGGUCUUUGAAUCUUUCUUUUUCUAAGUUCCUUAACUACCACGCUAUCAAAGUAAAACAACUAACUGAACAUACUUAUAUGUAUAAAGUUUUAUCAUUUUUGUAGGUAGCAAUAAAUAUUUAGGCCGGGCGAUCUUGGAUUUAAAUUAGGUUUUUUUUUUAUUCCGUUGCCACUCGUACGGAGUAAAAAUUUACUUCAGACUUAAAGUGCAAAUAAAAUCACUUACUAACGAGUCUAUACUACUCAUUAACUUCUGAAAAUGUUUUUGGCUCUAUUUAAAUUUAUAUAUAUAAUCAUUUCUGUGAUUUUUUUCGGUUUUGUUGUAAUCUGUAUUCAUUCUGCAGUCACUCGUUGCGAAUCCCGCGAGUACGCGUGUGUUGUUUUAUGUUGAUUAGAACCUUUUUUGGAGUUGGACAACUAAUAAUGAUUAAAUAAAUAAUCCAAAUUGAAAAUGUUUUUUGUCAUAUUAAUUUGUACUAAAAUGUAUUUUAAAAGGUUCAUCGCUUAUAUAUCAGGGUAAUUGGGUAAAUUAUUACAUAUCUCCUCGGUACCAAACCGACACCCCGACGCAUAAAUAUAUAACUAUUUAAGGCAUAUUUAAGGGCUAUUAUAGGUUGUUAAUAUUUCUAGGCGCGUAUUGUAACUGCAAAUAAAUCAUGUAUACAUAGCUAUUCAACAGUAAAAUAUACUAUUAAUUACUUUUUUUACUUGCAUGAAAUAAUAUUGCAUAUGUUUUGGAUUUGGGAAAAUGUAAAAUUCAUUUUUUUUAAAAAUGUAUUUCUCGUUUUCUUCAAUUAGAAAAAAUACCUUUUCAUGCAUUAUUAGGUUAUAUAAAUGUGAAUUUUGAUUGAUAUUUUUUAUUAUCGUGCUUGAGUUUGAUUUAAUCAUAGUUUUUGUAUAAAUUAAUUGUUCAUUACGAUAAUUAUUACCUAUUAUAAAGCUGGCUAGCGACAGUUAGCUAUAAUACAGGUACUAAGUUAAUUAAAAAACAGAAAUUUAUGGAAGCCGUGAUGGUAUAUGCGCUACAGCGAUAAUGUUCGCUAUAAUAUGUACCUAUCCAAAUACAUACAAUUAUUAUGAUAAUGUUAUUUAAUCUGUGUAUAUUUAUACCUACUAUAUAGUUACAUGAUAUUUAUGUCGAUAGCGCAUUUUUUUUAUCACUCGUUGUAGGACGGGAAGAGUAUUAUACAUUUUUCAGUUGGUAUUUUAAUGAUUACCUAGUAGAGUUAUAUAAGUAUUAUAAGUAGUUAUGCAGCCGGGUGAGUACUGCUAUUAGAUUUAUCAACAAAAAGUAAACAUCUAGACAAAACAUUAAACACGCAGCUCAUUAUAAUAAGCCCAAUAGCAAGUUAUUAGAAAUAAAAUAAAUGGAAAUUAUAAUCUAAAACCUUAAAAAAAAAUAUCAGCGUAUAUAAUCGUUGUAUUUUUAAUACGCGAAAUUAUAAUAGCAUCAAUAGUUAUAAUAAUUAUAGUUAGGUAUAAUAAUAAUAUACGUAUAAUAUAAGGUAUUACAGUUUUUUUUAAAUAAUUGACGAAACACGUAAAAAAAUAUACCCACCUAUAAUUAUUAUAGAUACGUUACAGAAACAUUAUAUAGCAUUCAAUGUAUUAUGCAACGUGUAGAACAGCCUCUUACCUAUACAUAUCUCUUAUACUCCUAAAGUACUAAGUCUUAUAGGUACUUAAAUAAUAUUUUUAUUUAAUAAAAUCAAUAUUAUAUUAUUAUCCUCGAUAUAGAUAGACAUUAGGUGUCACUACCAUACUUGUGUUUUCAAAUUAAAAUAUUAAAUGUAUAUUAGACAAGUUUCUUCAUUUACCGAACUUGGCCCCUUUUUCACAUUUAUGUUUUUAUUGGGAUAUCAGCUAUAACAGCAGCAACGAUCGUUUGGAAGUUUUUUGAAAAUAACAAUAUGACAGUUAAACAUAGUAUAAUAUAUUUGUAUACCACUGAACCAUCUAGUAAUUGUACAUAUUAUAUUAUAUUAUUAAUUAUAAUAAGAUAAUGCCCCCCCCCUUUAAAUAAACGAAAUAAAACUACGAAGCUUUACAAUUUAAAUAUACAAAAUUUAAAAAAAAAAAAAUGAAUAAUUAAUGCGGGUUAUACUUAGAUCUAAAAAUUAUACCCAUAGUGUUGUCCCCGAGUGUUGUAAUAAAAUGUAAAAUUCACACGCUAAAGUUUUUUGAUCGCUAUUUAUAUGUAUACUCGUAUACACGCAAUUCGUUUCUUUGUAUUAGAAUAAUUCACAAAAUAAAUUUAAUAUGCAUAUAGGUGAACUAUAUAUUUAAUAUAGUAAUUUUGACUAUUUAUCAUAACUCCCUACUUCAUAUGCUACAUAUUUUAUGUAUAAAAAACGAGAAUGUCACGUCUAUAUACGUGCGUAUAAGGAUUUAUAGCGUAUUUUUAAAUUUUUUUUUUGUAAAAUGCACGCAUGCUUACUACACGAGGCGUACCUUUACAUAAAAGUAAGCGAAUUUAGUAUAAGGUAAUUAAUUGUUUAUACAGAGUGAUCAAUAGUUUUUGAAACACUCAUUAUCUCAAACUCUCAAAACUUUUUUUGAAUUUUUAUUUUACAUCCUAUGAAAUAAGUGGCUCUAAAAUAUUACAUUUUUUGUCACCCUUUUUUUAGUGGUAAAACUAUUAUUCACUUUUGAUAAAUAACAACCUACAUUCAAAAUUCAAUAAUAAUAGACAAAGUUUCAAUAUAAAUUAAUAUUGGUGUUAAUAUUUUUAAUUUCUGUCAUCCUGUUAACUAGAUAUUACAAUUUGAAUAUUAGAUAGAAGGAGAGUAGUGGGGCGUUAUUUGUGAGUACGGUAGUGUUUGAGUAGUGAUCCAAUAGGUGAUUUCGCUCUACCCACAAAACAGCAAUAAUAUCUUGUCAACGGUUUGACGGAAAUUAAAAAUGUCAACACCAACAUUUAUUUAAACUAAAAUUGUAUCUAAUUAUGGCAUUUUUAUUGUAGGUUGCUAUUUAAAAAUUAAAUGUUGGUAGUGGUUUCACCCUCAAAAAUAUGGGAGACAAAAAAUAACGGUGAUGUAAAAUUUUAGAACCGCUUGUUUCUUGGCGUUUUGAAAAAACGAAUUGCGAAUAAAGAUUUUACUUUCCGAUAUAAUGAGUGUGUUAUUGAUCACUCUGUAUUAUGAAAGUUGAACGACCAAAUAUUGUGAACACAACUAAUAUACAUUGUAUGUUUUUCGAUGGCCUUGAUUGUCUAUCGUCCUUGUAUUAUUACUAAAAUAUAGAUAACUCCGAUCAAAUAUGAAAGGUCCGAAUGAGGGUAUUUUUUUAUCGUGGCACAUAUAACACGAUAAAGCAAACAAAUUAUUAAAUAAUACCAUUAGCACCGUAAUGUAUUAUAGUAGUCCGACUAUAUAGUAUCUAAUAGUCCACCAUUAUUCGGGAGAGGAUUUAGAACAUUAACCUCGGUAUCGAGUAUUUAUCUCCUUUUAAUAUUAAUCGUGAUUUUAUUGUCAUACAAUUUUGGUCAAAACACAACAUCUAUACCUGUAUAGAAUUUUUACGGUUCAAACAAUGUGUUAAAUACAUUAAGGAGAUUGAGUUCUGGAAUUUUCGUUAUACGUUUUACACAAUUAUAUACGCAUUAUAAUAACGAUAGCGAUUCACUAGACCAAUUUUCUUUCAAUCCCUUGUUUGAUCGAUCGAUGUGUACCUAGUGAAUAAGCAAGCCAUACUAUAAUAUUUUAAAAACGGUUUUGAAUUCAAUGUGUGGAUAUAUAUCAUGUCAAUCUUUCCAAUUUAAUUGUAAUUAGUUCUUUACGCAUUUUAAAAAAAAAUUAAAAUCAAUUGUUUCAAAAAAUUAUUGUUUUAAAUUCACUGUAUUGCAUUAGGUAUGUGUUAGACAAAGGAAUUAAACAUUGGUACCCAUUUAAAAUUGUUUUUUCUAAUACUAAUCUGAUAUCGUCGAUCCAUUUAUAAUAUAAAUCAAUAACAAUAUUGUUUCGGGUUUUUGUUUGUUCACAUUAUAUAUAUAUAAUUUCUGGCGGCACAGAACAAUAAUUAAGGCGUUUCAAUUUUGUAUUGUCAAGGUAGCAAUAAUGAUUCAUUUACAGCCUGCUAGCCUCCUUAUAACGGAAUCGCUCGGUACCAAUUGAUUUUUCUGUUAUAAAGGAGUUCCCGAUAUAAAGGGGAGUAAAAUAUACGAGGCAUAGGUUGUACAGAACUGCAGUUGUUUUCCGUUUUAAAGAGAUUUCCGUCUUAUAGGGGGUCCGUUAUAAAGAGGUUUUACUAUACCUGCGCAAAUUCAAAUGAUCAAAUCAUUCAAUAAUAAUGAAAUAUUAAUAAUAAACUAAUGUGUUUGAUACAUAUACAAUAUAUACAUUAUGUACGAUAAAAGUAAAUAUUACGUACGUAUAAGUAUUAUAACAACGAUAUUAUUGUAUAUUAUAAAUUAUGAUUUUUAACAAAAUUGAAAAUAAUAUGACGGGUAUUUAUAUGAAACAUAUCAGAGGGGCUUGAACCUAUAAACAUCAGUGGUUUGAUAUAACGCCUAUCCCGGGGGCGUUUGAAAGGUACUAUGGGAUGGUAUAAAACCUGUUUUGGCAGUGAGAGAACGUGUUUCCGUAUAAGACGAGUAAUUUCGUAUGUUUUAUGGAACGAAAUUAAGUUCUUUGUUGGUUAUUCAUCUAAUUUUUAAUUUUCUUCAAUAAAGAUAACUUUGAAAGUGUACCUAAUUCUUUACUAUUUCAUUGGACAUUUCAAUUAUUGUUUUUACAAUUUAGCAGUACUCUUUCUCUUUUUUAUACCCUUAACGACGGAAUUUUCACAUAGAAGAGCGUUGAAAAGUUUGCUCUACAAGGAGGCGUUAAAAUUAAAAAGGUUGAGGAACACAGCUAUACCUUCAUAAAUAAUUUUAACUUUUAUAGGUCAAGGUACAAAACCGUAAUACAUAUAGCAAGAAAAAAAUGUCUAGGGAGAUUUUAAAAUUUAAAAUUUUAUCAUUUACUAAAAUAAGUAAAUUUUUCAUAAAUUAAUAAUAAAACGAUAGUUAAAAAAUGUUGUAGGUAAGUACCUGCCUGACUAAUUAUAUGUUUUAAUAGUGUAGACUGAAGUUAAUUUAAUUUUAUCUAACAAAUGUAAUAAUAAUGUAUAUUUUUUAAACACUUAUAAAGUAGUGUUGUAGUCCAAUAUGUGAUCUACCAGGUCGUCGUCGUGGUAUAAUAAUAUGUGUGCGAAUGUAGAUUGAGAAGUCUACGCCCGUUUAAAUGACCAUGGUGAAAUAGACCACACAGUAAACCAGGAGUCAGCAACCUUUUUAACCAUGCGGGCUAUAUUUUUUUUCAAAUUUUAAUCGAGAGCCACAAUCAUAAAAAAAAACAAAUUUUACACAUAAUCUAAUACUAAUAAUUUUAUUACUAUUCAAUUUUGUUAUUUUACAUAAAAAUAUAAAUUUCUGCAUAGAAAAGCUUGCUUUUAGGAAAAAAUAAAAUAAUCUAAAAAAAAUAAUGUGAAAUUGUAUAUUUAUGCGAUUUCUGUAUCUGUAACUUAUAAAUUAAAUUUUCGAUAUCAAUUUGCAAAAUUAUCGUUAAGGUUCGUAAUACAGCGUGCAAAUAUUCAUCACUAAGGUACAAAGGGUAUUUAUUUUUCUGUACUUUACAGUGGAUAGUAUCUACUCACUGCAUACCUUUAUUCAAACGCUGCCAUAAGUUUUUGUGCACAUUGUCUGAUUUCGGGGAAUACAGAUACGGGAAGACAACUACAAAAUUGAGAACAACUGGUUGCUUCCCGAAAAUAAUUUUUUAGAACCUAAAAUGGAUUUAUGUCCACUAGAAAAGAAUUCUGAAAUAAUUUUAUUUCAUAAUUAUACUUAUAAAAACCAUCAAAUCUUAUUGAAAAUUCGUUUUAAGAAAUUCAGGUUUAAUUAAACCCCAAUAUAGUGGUUUUACAAAAGAUUCAAUCGUAUUUACAACAUGAAAAAUAAUAACAAUUUUGUUAAUUCAUAGAUUAUACAAUAGUUUUAAUUUUAUUUGGAACAGUUUAAACUGUUUAACAUCAGUAUACAUGCCUGACAGCAAUUUUCCUAUAUCUUGAAAUUGUAUGUUCAACCAUUAACCGAAUAAAAUAUAUUGAGGAAAUUACAACACUCAUAACUUCUUUCAGUGUAAGAACUUUACAACACAAUGCUUCUUGGUGAAAUCUCACAUAGCCAAUUUAACAUCUUUGUGUAGGCCAUAUAAAAUUGCUUUGCUUAGUUAUAAUUUAUAACUCUUAUAAUCACCCUUCUCUAGGCUCUGGUUACAUUACUUAUUACAUAUGUACUCGUAUGUAACAAUUAUAGGAAUUAAAAAUAAUUUUACCUGAUAUUUUAUAGCCUAUACAGAGACAUUUUUUAAUCAUUGUGGAACCGGUUAAGCUUUAUUUUAAAACCAUUUAAAUUUUUUUACUCCUCAUCUAUAUAUUUUAAAUAGGUAAAUUAAAUUUUUGUUUUUCAAAUAGGAAUCCCCUUUUUUGAACACGGGUUCAAAUAAAGUAGCUGUAUUUUUUUUUUAGAAAAUUGUAAUAUGCACAACACAAAUAACAGAUUUACCGUUUAAAGUUAAAACCGGAGGAGUAGGAAAAAAUUAUCAUUUUAAAAUAUAUAGGUACUUAAGCAAUGUAUUACCUAAUUGGUUACCUAUAUAAGUUGUUAAGAGUGUACAUUUUACAACGAUUUUUGUACGGUAUGUCAUCGUAACACGUAAUGACGUUUCGAAAAGAAUUUUGAGAGGGGGUAAUUUAAUGGUUAUAACCGGUUGCACCUACGCGAAAUUCAUCAAUCAUCACCGAAACAUAAUGCCAUAUAUACUAUAUUACAAUAAUAAUGACGUGUGUUUUUGUUUUUUCCGUCUGUUAACAAGUAGCUAGUAUUCGACCGCAGAAGACCGGUUCCUACUAAAAAAUUUCAUGAGAGUUUUCGGCAUCUAGUUGGUGCAUCGGGGAGGUAUAUCUAUAACCUAGUUGUUUUGAAAGUUUUUGUAAUUUUCUUAAUAUUAUACAUUAUUUUUUACCUAUGGGUAGGUAGUUAUAAUAAUAUGGGAUACUCUAAUAUAAUUUUAAAUUUAGAAAAAGUAAAAAAAAUAAAUAUGUUUAACCGAUCUCCACUCGGCAUCGAAUUAUGUUGGCAAUAAUUUGUUUUAAAUAUUUCACGGCGACUCGGUCUCAAGUGAAUUUUUGAUGUUAUUAUUAUAAAAAAAAAAAAAAAAACGCUAUAACGCGUAGGCGCCGGUUAUCGCGCGCAGUCGCUGCGGGGGAAGUGUGGAUAAAUAUUCAAAUUAUACACGCACGUGUAUUCAAUAAUAAUAUUGUCGAGCAGACGGCUUGGCGGUGCUGCGGUUCUCACGUUGGUACGACUGAUUCACCCUACCACGCGCGGUUACCCGGCGCGAUCGGUAGCGACCGUGAUUCCGUGGUUGCAGUGUACUCGUGUACUUAUCUACGGUCGUAUUGUCAUUGUGCGAACUUGUCUCGUUCCAGUUCGGCGUGUUCUAUCAUUUUUCGUCGUCCUCGUCGAUCUUUUCCACAACACACCACACACGAUACGUGCCACAACGCAGACGCCGUCGCCGACAGCCGCAGGUGUCCACACGUUCCACUAUAGCCCGCGAGUCUCACACAGACGCCACCGCCGAUAAUCACAGGGCAUAGGGUGAGUUUUACUCUCCCGCCUUUUCGGUUCCGUCCCAAAGUUUAUAUUAAUAUUUGGUAGGUAUGUACCUUGUUGUUUUGUCACAGUAGUGGGUGUUCAUUUGUAUUCAUUCUUUUUUGUUCAAAAUUCACAUGAUAGGUUCGUUGUACAAUAUUUACGAGUGACGAUUAUUUAUAACUCGUCCAUACCGUCAACACAUUUCGCGCGUUCCGGCGAGUUAAUUCCUCCAAUACAGGGCUGAAAAGAAAAAAAAAAGCAGUUAAAAUUCCUACGUAACGGUGCUAAAUACUGGUCAAUGGUGAUACGGUUUACUGGUGCACGUGAACAUGCACCUUUAACUAGAGAUCUGUACCGGCUGAUUAUAUAGGAAUCGUCACAAACACCUAUACAAUAGUCGAUAAUAAUAUUGUGCGACCAAUAAACCAAUAGGGGAGACUGUUGUACCUUGGCACCAAUUUUAUAAAAUAUUUUCUAAAGAAUAAUUUUGAAUAUUAGAUAUUCAUUUUUACUUUCAUUUUUUGAAAGCUUCCAAAUAAGUUAUUUUUCAAAUAAAAAUUUAUUUUUUAAAAACACCUUAAAUGGUCCAAGGGACAAUUUUUUUGGUUUCAUAAACAAUUAAUAACAACGGUUUAUAUUUUGAUGUUUGACGACAAUAAUUACAUAGGUAGUUUAGAUUCAAUUUAAUAUAGGUAAUAUUUGUUCUAUAUUUUUUGUUAUUUGAUUGUCUACAUUGCCCAUUUGAUAUUUAUCUAAUCUGAUUAUCUCGCUGAUUAUUUUCUAUUGCAAUAUUUAUGUUUGUAAAAAUGAUGACAUUUUAUUAAUUCCUUAUUAUUCAUUAUUUUCGAUAAAAUUAAAAAUGAAUGGAAAUUAAUUAUUUGAUUUUAUUUGUAUUUUACCUUAGAUAAAUAAUUGAGUUUAGUAGGUACCUAUUUACCUAAUUUAUUUAAGCAAUGUAUAAAUUGUCUUUUCUUCCACUAUCAUCAUCCUUAGAAUACGGUAUAUAAAAAAAUAAUAUUUUAUUUUAGAUUCCAAGUGUAGUGAGGAAUGUUAGUUUUACUGUGUGUUUUUUUUUAACAUUAUAUUAUGUAGGUACAAUCUUUAAAAACAAAUAUUUACAAUAAGUACAUUAGCUUUAUUGUAAAGUUUUUUUUCAAAAUUAUUUGUUUGUGUAUUAAUAACUUUUCUAUCAGAAAAUUUCACGGCGAGGGCUUUUUAUAGCAAAUUUUUUGAGGUAGUUUUUAUUUAAGUUGAUUCUUUUAGACCUAUUUUACACUAACAAAGUUAAGUAUAUUUUUCAAUAUUAUGUUUACUGUGGUUACAAUUUAUGUAGUUAACAAUAUAGGUACGCCAACUUAGUUUGAAUGCAAUGUUGCAAACUAUUUACUAGAUUUGAAGCUAGAUUGUUUCCGUCUUAAGGUUGUAAAAAUUUACAUAAACAUAAUAACAUUAAUAUUUUUUAGUCUGCAAUUUUAACUAUUUUUUUGAUUAAAUUUUUGUUCAGUGAUGCUGUUAAUGUAUAUUUGUUUUAAUUUGUUCACAAACAUGUACAGUGAUUUUUUAUUAUUUUAUAUUUGAACAAAUAUACUAAAAACAUUGUUAGAUGUUUCAUUUUUCGGCUUUACUAAGAAUUUUGUUUUUUUUUUUUUUGGAAUAGGUGCCUACCAAAAAUUAAACAAUUAAAAAAUUACCUUCCUAUCUCUCUUGAGUGACUUCUAAUUGAACUGAUCAACUUUGUAGCACACAAAUUAAUCUACAAAUAUAAUAUGAAUUUAUGUGAAAAAAAAAUUUUUCUAAUGACUUAAGUUUUAUGUCUUGAAAAUCAUGAAUAUAUCUGCUUUUAUUUUUAGAACAAUGGAAUUUGAACUUUGCCAAAACGUAUAUUGCCAAAUGUAAAAUUAUUAAAAAUAAUAAAAUUCAAUACAUUUUGUCCAAUUUUAGAUUACCUACGAAAAGUGACAGUUUAUACAAAAUUACAAAAACAAGACAUUUAAUUCACUGUACUGUAGUACAUUUCUGCAUUGUUAUUAAAUCAACUUUACAUCUAUUACUUAUAUCACUUAAAGUAGGGAUUUUAGUCAAUCACAACGUCACAUGAUAAACUGAAAUUAAAAAUUGUAUUUAUUUAUACUUCCAUGUAAGUAAAAAAUAAAUUAUUAAAAUAACUGUUUAUUUUUUGGGUUGUAAUGUUGUAUGCGAUCUACCAAACUCAUAUUUUUGCAGUACACAAUCUGCCUGAAAAUAGUAUAGAAUUACCGUAUUAAUUUUUUUAUAUUUGCUAGUAAAAUAAAUGAAUUCAUUACAUUACAUUAAUAUAUUUCUUUAAAACAGAGUUUUUCAACCUGGAUGACACGGUACCCUUUUUAUCAACUUUUUGUGUUUAACUUAAACUAAAAAUGCCGUUUUCAUGUCUGUAAGGAAAUUGUCAAAUAUUGUAUCCAUGGAUGGAUGAAUGAAGUGAUUACCACCACUCUUUUUUCAACUAUUUUUAAGCAAUAGUGAAACAUUAUUUAUUUUAAUGUUGUAUCAUUGUUUUUAUAACACACCAAAAAACCUUGAUGUAUUUUAUGUUAUUCUGUACUUAAAUCAAUACAAUUUUGGAAUGAGUCACUGAUCUAUUAUAUUUUCUUUUUUCUUUGACAAAUUUUACAUAUAUGCCAUAUUUUAUUUUAUUGUAUCUGUACAUGUUUAUAAUAUAAUAAUCUAUGACUAAUUUUAUAUAUUUUCAAUUUCCUGAUUUUUUUUGUAGAUCUCGUACAUCAUUACUAUUUUUUUUUAAACAAUUUUUAAUUAAAAUUUGAACUCAAAACGACUCUACAAAUAAAUUCAAACAUAAAAACCCUUAAUAAUAAAAUCAAUACAAUCAGAGUACGCUCAGAAAACUUAUAAUAAUAAGGUACUCACUUAGGUAUCUUUACUCAACAUAAAAAGGUAUUUACCUACCUAAAGAGGUUAUCGAAUAAAUAUGUUUUCUUUCAUUAUUGUUUGAUAGAAUACAAUUUAUAAGCAUUUGUCUUGCUUACCAUUGAAAUGUAAAAUCGUAAUAAAAGGUUAUAUGGCAUUGUAGUGAAACAAUGCCAAAAUUAUUUGUUAAAAAAAUUAUACUUAAUUUAUUAAUAUAUGUACAUUUAAAUUAAUGUAUGUAACUCAUACCUAUACCUUAAAAAAAUUGAAAUAGUAAAUGCAUACAUAAUUUCUUUACUCAUUAAAAUUUCUUACAUAUUCGAAUAAAAAUUAUGUUUUACGUGGGGUUUGACUUUAAAAAUGUAAUAAUUAAUUUCUUAUUUGUUUUUGAAUAUUUUAAAUAUAUAUCCAUACAACAGGCACUGAACCAUCUACUGUUUAUUUUUAAUAAUAAUAAGUGCAUAAUCAUAAUAAUAAAUGGCAAAUGAAAUUAGAAAAAUAUAUAUUGUGAACAAACAUUGCACCUAUUUUAGUUAACUGGUUGUAGUGUUUUGUAUAAAUUAUAGUCACACAUCAACCAGCAGCAGUACUUAUAGCUAGGAAAAUAAAUAAUUAUUUUAAUUAUAUAGAAUGGAUUUUAUUACUGCGGUAAAUAACAAUGUGUAUUACAAGUUUAAUUGGGCAAUGAAUCAUUCUCUAACGAUUGAGGUGCAACACAAUAUUUAUAAAAGAGGUUCAAUUAGGUAAUAUUGCAUUUUGUAACCAAUUUGAUGUAUACUGUUAUAUAUUAAUAGGUAUUAGAUAUUUUUAAAACCAAAUAAAAAUUCUAUUUAUUAGUUGUUAUAAUUCAAUUAAUUUGUUUUUCUUUGCAGAUUACUUUGUUUUUCUUCUUUCGAUACUACAGCCACUUCUAUGAAGGUCGAUUGUUGCAGUUCUAUAUGUUAAAAUUACGCCUUGUAUCUACACAUUUCCUAAAGCAGCCAUAAAUAUAUUAAAAUGUGCCGUGAUUGGGAUAUGAUUAUCUAAAUCAUUGUAUCAUUGGUAUUAGACUCGAAUUAAAUAUUGUGUCAAACUGUUGAAAUUAUUUCAGUGGUUAGCCGUAAGUGAUCUGAUUGUCAUUACUGUUUCUUUUAGUUGUUUAAUAUAUUAUUAUUCUCAGGGAAUUAGUCAGAGUUUGAAUUGCUUGAAAAUGAAAUUAACUGUGUGUACUGAUGCGCAUAUGUAUAGUAACCAGGUAAAAUAUUAAAUUUAAAAGUAAAAAUAAUUAUUAAUGCUUGGUACUUUACGCAUUUAAAAUACACAGAAAACGGCUUAACAAUGUCAAAAGAACUCUGAAAAAAAAAUUAAAAAGCAAAAAUAUUAGAGAGCUCAGAGAGAUUUAAAAUUUCCACUCCCAACCACUUAAUUGUUAAAUGCAAUUAUUCUAAUACAUGUAAUUUUUUUAUAAUACUUACAAUUUUAAAUAAACUUUAUUUAAAAACUUGAAUUAAUUUUUAUCGUGUUCGAAAAUUGUAUUUUAUAAGUUAAAGUCAUUAGAAGGGGAAGGGGCUUUUAAAAAUAUACUACUAUAUUUUUUUUAAAUGCAGUUUCAAGUCUUUUUUGACAUUUUUUAUUGCUAGAUUUUAAGUGCAUAAAGUUCUGAGCCCUAAUAAUUAUAUAUACAUAUUGAUUCUUGUUGAAAUUAUUUGUUUACAUAAGGCAAUUAUCAACUAAUCACGAUAUUAUCACAUUAUAAUUGUAUUAAGAACACAGUACUAAAUACAAUUAAACAAUAAAUACUGUUUUAGGUGGAAACAAAAUUUGAGAUGUUAUUAGAAGAAUAUAAUACAGAUAAAUUGAUUUUGAUUGGUAUGCCAUUGGAAAAGUUACCAUUGAAUUGUGAUGGGUUGCCAGUUAUAAUACAAAAGAUAUAUGAUUAUAUAAGUGACUUUGGUAUGUUGGUGGAAUUUGUUAUUAGGAUGUAAAAAUUAAAAAAAUUAUUAUAUAAAUCAAUUGUUAUUAAUUUAUUAUAUUUAUUUUUUAGGACUAUAUGAUGAAUGCUUAUUUGAUGAUGCCUAUUCAAAUAAUGGACGUAAAGAAAGUAUUCUAAAUGCCUAUAAAUUAGUGAGUGGUUCGGAAGAAAAUUGUAGAAGUAUUAUUGAUGUUGAUGCAGUGGAUUUUGCAUCGGUAUUGGUUUUUUGGCUUUAUUACUUACCAAAACCAUUGAUAUCCUCUAAACAAUUUGCAAUGAUUUGUGGUGAUUAAUUUUAUUACACUAUUUUUUAAAUGUCUCACAUAAUAUUGUUCUCGUAUACAAUUAUAAUUUUACUAUGCUAUGUUAUUUAAAUAUAAUAUAUAUACAUACAGAUUUAAAUGUCAAUAAAAAAUAUCGAGAAAUUAUAAACUCUAUGGACAAUAUAAAUAGACAAAUUUUACAACGAGUUAUGAACAUUGUGGAUUCUUACGAAAAGCAACAUAAACUAUACAAAGAAAAAUUAGGAAGUCUUUUUACAUUACUUUUAACAAAAAAUGUGGAUAAUGCUAGUCAGAAUAAAGCAUUACAGUUUAUAGACAAUUUAAAGAUUGUUUUGAUGUAAGUUUUAUAAAUUUCAAUAUAAUUGCUUUCAGUAAUUUUUUGCCAACAUUAUUUCCUCAUAUAUUUUUAAUUGGAUAUUUCGCAUUAUUCUCUUUAAGUCUAAACAUUAAUAAAACUACAUUGUACGCAUAAAUUAUUUUAUUAGGUUUUUAAUUUUAUAAUUUUUACAUAAGGAUUGAAAAUCCUUUUGAUAUAUUUUUAAAAUUAUAAUGUAAUAUAAUAUAUGUAUAUAGGAUGUCUCGCUGUGUUUUUGUGACAGAAUUUUGUAGAGCUAUUAAAAAUUAAUUUUUUUUUUUUUCAAUUUGUUUUUCUUGCAUUUAUUUAGAGAAUACUUAAUUUUGCAUUUUCAUCCAUUAACCAUUAAAAACAAAUAACUUAUUCAAUUUACAAAAUGUUCAAAAUAGCCACUUUGUAAAUAAUAUUAUUCUAACAAUUUGAAUGUAUUAUACAUUUAUAUCUGAGCAAUAAUUUUUAGUUAUAUGUAUUUCAAUGUUUAGAAAAUAGACGUGAAAGCAAUUAAUAUGCAAUAGAAUAUAAGGAAUGACCGUGUGAUUCCUUAGGUAUCAUUUUAUUGAAAAUUAAUUGCUUUCACACCUAUUUUCAAAAAAUUUAAGAUGUAAAAUAUAUUGUAAGUGCCUUGUAAAAGGAAUAAAUAAAAAGCUCUUGGUUUUUUAGUGAUUAUGGGAUAAAAAUACAAAUUAAUUUUUCCUCUAAAUAGAUGUCUCCCUCAAAGAAAAACAGAUUUAAAAAAAAAAAAAAAUUAAUAGCUAUAGUAAAAUCAGUCAAAUGGUGGUAUACACUCUGAAUAUCAUAUCCACUUGAUGAAAUUGUGCAUUUCAUGAAAUGUUAUUUAAAUUAUCUCAAUUUAUUUAAAUACUAUUCAGUAAAAUACUAUACAAUUUCAUAAAUUGGAUAUAUUUUACAAAAUAAAAAUUGACAUUUUAUAUUGUUUAAUUUUGUUUUCAUCAUUUGAUCAUUCACUUUGUAAAACUAAAUAUAAUAUAUGUUUAAUAGAUAGAUAGAUAAAUAUUACAUUGUAUACUAUACUCUGUUCCAAAAGAGAAUAUACCGCUCUGACGACCAGUUUAUGUUCGGUGGCGCGCAUCCCUCCACCAAGCAUCGCCGUUUCAGUCAGAUAUCACGUAAUUGUAAAAAAAAAGGUCUAUUUGACAUCGGUGUAAACUCGUCGGGCACGACCGGUGCAUUGUUUUGACGACGGUGGGAGAAAUUUAGGUCCGGACGAUCGCCAACUCUCAAUCAGCAUGCGCGAAAGCGGUAUGUUCUCUUUUGAAACGGAGUAUAUGAUAAGAUGAUGAGAAUACUUGGAUCACACUAAUAUAAACAUUUAGUCUUAAUUAUUUUAAAAUAACAUAAGCAUAAGAUAGGUAUUUUUGUGCAUGGAUACCUAAACUGAAAUUCAAGAAUAUUAAUAAAAAAAUUAAUGACUGUGAUUACUCUAUUACUGUUCGCGGUGUGGAGAAUUGGAGAGUGUAAAGAGUAAUUAGUAGACGAUAGAUGAAUAAAGAAUGGUGGGGAAGAGCAGGUAUAACUGAGAGGAAUUUUAAAAGAAAGCUGUAAUAAUAAAGAAGGUAAAUCAAUUUUACCAGAUAUGAGAUUAGAGAGGAAAAGAAAGUUAAAAAAGUGUCUUCGGUCAGGUAAGUUAGACGGGCGUAAUUUCAAAAGGAUGGGUGAGUAAUCAUAAGGAGAGUAGGUAAUAUUAAAAAGGGAGGCACUAAAGCGGGAAACUUACGUUGCACAUGUUCAAUCACUAUACUGCUGCAAGAGGUGGAAGGGUCCCAAAAUACAAAUCCGUAUUCCAGAAUAGGACGUACAAGGGAGAUAAGAGACAGAAUAUUUGAGAUGAACGGCUGAUGAACCCCAAAAACUUCAGGGCUUUACAGCAAGAAUUUUCAAAUGUGUUUAAGGAGGCAAAGAUUUUGAGUUAAGGUACAGACCAUAAGGGCUGGGAGAUGCAAUUGUUUGGUUGUGUUAUAAAAGGGUCAGAAUGGGAGUAAAAAUCAUGACUGAGCAAUUUGUAGGUGUUAAGAUGAAUUGAGAAGACUGAAGGAUUCACUCCAAGCAACCAACUGGUUAAAUCAGACUGUAAGAGGUUAGAUUAGGUCAAUGACAUUUCAAAUUUUUAAAAUAGUUUUUAAUAAUAAUAUGCAAUUAUAAAAUAAUUAAUAAAAACUAAAUAUUGUAUUAGUACAGUUUAUGCACUAUUCGUAUAUUAUAGGUAUUUUUUUUACAAAGUAAAAUUUUAGUAUUAAUUUUGUGAAAAUAAUAAAAAAUAUUCACAUAACAAAAAGUACAAUUUUAUCAAGUUUAUGCAACAAAUAUUACAUAUGUACAACAAACAUAUAAAAUUAUUAAUUUUGAUCAUACUGUUUAUAGGGAAGCAGAAAUUGAAAAUAAUGAAUAUAUGUUUAACAAUAACUUUGUAGUUAAAAAAGAAAAUCUUAAUUUUAAUAAAAAAGUGUUCAAUGAAAAUAAUUUAUGUAACAAGAAGAAUCUUGCUUGGUAAAUACUGUUUAUUUGUUUUAUUUGUAACAAUAAAUUACUUUAAAAUAUGUAGUCUUUCUAUGGAAUUGGUCAAUAAGGUAAACAGUAGCAUGGGGACUUUGGUUUAUUUAAAAAUAUUAGUUGACAUGUACAGGGACCUGAAUGGGGUUUUGUGUUGAUGCUGGUAGCAGGUCGUUGAGCUAUGAUGGAUCGCAGCUUAGAGAUAAUAUGAUUGAAGUUGACACAUCAGUAAAAAGUAAUGGUUUGAAGAAAUCAAGUAGCUGUGACCUGGAGAGUUUUGUUUCCAAAGAGGAUGACCCAUACAACAAAUCAUUUACUAAUGACGUAUCAUAUGAAGAGGUAUAGUUUAACACUAUAAACAUUCAAUUAAAUGUCCAAUUAAUUAAUUGAUUUUGUAUAAAUUAGGAAAAUUUAAAAGCGAAAUCUGAUAUAAAAUUGUCUGAUGAUUAUUUUCAAAAUAGUUCAGUGUGUGCAGUUGAUGAGGUAAUCCUAAUUAUUAAUCAGUAGUAUUCAUACAAAUUAUUCAUUAAAUUAUUAAUAUUUUUAUUGUUGUUAAAGUUGAUAUUCAGUUCUCAAAUUGAUGAUUUGAGGAGUAUUGAAAGAACUAUGCCUACUCAUUCCAGAAGUUCUAUGAAACGAACCAAAAAAAAAUCUAUUAGAAGUCACGUGGAAAGAGUCUUAAAGUCAGAGUUCUUGUCUAAUCAAGACAGUUUGCUAUUGCAAAAUACAUUAGAAUUAAUGAAAAUACUAUCAAAAAUCAAAAGGUUUGUGAUCUUUUAAAAUUAAUAAUCUUACAAAAAUGCCUUAUUAAAUAUCUUAUUGAUUUAGUGUUCAGAGUCAAAUAAACAUCCACAGGAGAAAUUGGGAAAACAAGUUUGGUUGUGAAAAUGAAAAUGCUGAUAAAAAUUUUCCAGAUUUACAUUUUUUAAACAAUCGUCUUGAGCAAUUGGCUAACCAGAAAAAUAAUUGUGCGUUUUUAAAAUUAAAACUAAUUUUAUUUAAACAUAUAAACAUUUUAUUAUUAUUAUAGAUUUAACCAAAACUGGACUUUCAUAUGGAAGAUCUUACAAUCGUACAGUUUUAAAUCUUAAAAAUGCUCAAAAAGAAGCUUUUAAGGUAUCCACUACUGUAUUAAAUAACUAAUAAAUAAAUAUUUUAGGAAUAUUAUGUAACAUUUAUCUGAAUAUUUAAAUAUUUAAUAUUAUAACAUUUUAAAUUUAUAUUUAUUAUUAUACAUUUUAGUUAUACGAAAAUGAAAAACAAAAUAACAAAAUCCAAAACAAAAACAUAGAGAAAUUAAUUUCUAACAUUUAUGAUAUUCAAAUAGUUCUUGAUUAUUUGGAAAAUAAUUGUGGUGGUAAAGAAUUGCCAUGGAGGUCUAGCAAAGGUUGUCCAGGUUAUAAAAGAAUGACAAAGAAACAGGUAGAUAUUAUUUAUUUUUAAUUUUUAACUGCAUGGACUAAUUAUUUUGUUUGUUUCAGUUGAACUGUGUGACUGUUGUAUCUGAUUUACAAACGAUUAGUGAACACGAAGUGAUGGAAACUAUUCCACAGCCAUUGUUUAUAGCAUUAGAAUAUUAA